CUUCGUCGGCACGCUCGUUUUCUUGAAAAUGAGAUCGACACCAAACUCGCAAUCUUUGGAAAACUCAGCGUUAACAUAGGCUUUCGUCCUCCUUUGAUCAGCGAUACAUUGGCAGUUACCUCGUCUGCCUCGAAUAAGUCCAGUCGCGACAGUUCACUAAAGCAACUUGAGAGAACGAAGAAGGACUUGGAUGAGCUUCUUGACAACUUAAUACGGAUUAACGAUCACCUUAGUGACUGUGUAUCUGGCUCCAAAGCUUCUCUUUCCUCCUCUUCAAGUACCGGCAGCAUCAAUCAUCAGCACACCUUGAAUCGACAUCGAGAGAUUCUGCAUGAUUAUCUUCGUGAAUUCAAUCAGAUCAGAGAGCGAGUGGGCCUCCGAGAACGAGAUGAUCUUAGCCCCGUAUGUUUUUUGGCCCAUUCACUGUAG